UUUGGCAGUCAAAACAAAUCGAUUUUAAAGCUAAACAGUAAAUAUUAAUUAGCGUCUUUUAAUAAUAUAGGAGUUAAAGGUUUAAUUUAUACAAAGUUUUUUUAAUAAUCAUUUAUAUUUAUAAAAUAAUAUGCCUGACGUGUGUUGUGCCUAUGGAUGUACAAAUAGAAGAACAUUAGCUAAUGCUCAUUUGAGCUUUUAUCGAAUACCAACUAAUAAAUCUGAAUCUGGUGCUAACAGAAGAGACAAAUGGGUUGCAGCAAUUAAAAGAGAAAAAUGGAACGUAAAACAAAUAAAUAAUGCUCGUUUGUGUAGUGCUCAUUUUACUACAGGGAAAAAAUCUGAUGAUCCCUGUCAUAUUGAUUAUGUUCCAACUGUAUUUUCUUUUAAAAAGACACAUGGAAAACAAAUUAAAGCUUCUUUAGAACGAUAUGAGCGAUCAAAAAAAAGGCAGCGAACUCUUUCUAGUAAUGAGUCUAUAUUAUUACCGAUCCACGAGGUUGGAUCAUUUAACGAGACAAAAAUUAAUGAGUUGGUUGAAGGGGACUGUUUAAAUUGUCCUUCAGAAAACGAGAUAACCCAAAGAGCUGUUGAAAUAGGCACACAAACUGAAGUAUUUGUAACAAAAGAAAAACAACUAAAACGAACUUUGAGAAAAAAGAUAUUUGAAAUACAAAAAUUGAAGCAAAAGUUACAAAUAUGUCAAAGACAAUUAAUAUUAAAGAAAAAGCAUUAAACUUUUUAACUGGAAUUACCAAACCAGCUUUGUUUGAAUGGAUUUUGCAAGAAG